GAAAAUAAAUAAAUCGAGAAGUUGUAGAUACUACAAUUUUGUGAUCAGGGAUUAUAACAUUAUCUCUUUCGCUCAUUUGAAUUUAGUAGACUGCGUUCAGUUUGGUACUGAUCCAGAGAGCUAAAUGUCGGGUGUCGACAUGCAAAUGAUAGGAAAUUUCUUGAGCUUUGCUUCAAGAGGAGAUAGGGUUGGAUUGAAUGAUAUGCUGAGGCAGGGAAUGCCACCCAACGUGCAGGACUAUGAUAACCGAACUGCGCUUCAUCUCGCCGCCAGCGAAGGUCAUGCCUCCAUCGUCGAGCUUCUUUUGGCCUACAAUGCCGACGUCAAUCUCCGAGAUCGCUGGCAAAGAACUCCAUUAGCAGAUGCAAAGCUGUAUCAGCAUCGAGAUAUCUGCAGGAUCCUUGAACUAAAUGGAGGCAGAGAUCUUAUGGAAGACCAAGAGAUGUAUGUUUGUCACGAGGACGAUCCACAGGAGAAUAUUGAUAUCUCUGAGCUGAAUUUGCAGAAUUCAUCCAUAAUCAAACAGGGUCUAUUUGGUGAAUCAGAAAAGGUCAAGUGGCGUGGAACAUGUGUUGUUAAAACAGUCAUCUCCAGACACAUACAGCAUCCUGUGAAAAUGGUGCUGACUGCUAAGGAUAAUACUCUUCUUGGUGAACUUCGACAUCCAAAUAUUUUGGAGUUUCUCGGAUCGAUAGUGCAUGGUGAAGAAAUGAUUUUAAUCACUGAGCACUUGCCAAAGGGCAACUUGGAUGACCUUUUGGCCAAAAAAGUUAAGUUGGACCCUGCAACUUGCCUUCGUUAUGCACUUGAUAUUGCUAGGGGAAUGAAUUAUCUUCAUCAGCACAAACCUAAACCCAUUGUUCACAACCAUUUGGACACUAGGAACUUGCUAAUUGAUGAAGGUGACCAGGUCAAGAUUGGAGAAUACUGGGUUCAAAUGUUGUAUGAGCGAAUACACCCAAUUCCAGAUAAGUCUCGGUUAACAGAUCCUUCUGACAACCUGGAUGCUUCAUAUGACACCAACAAAGACAUCUAUGACUUCGGACUUAUCUUUCGCCAGAUGUUGGAAGGAAAACAGAUCACCAAUAUGCAUGACUUUAUGCAUCUGAAGUCGGUUGAGUUCGAGAAGAAAUUCAACAUAAGUGGGUGCCCUGGAAGGAUCUUUCAACAGCCUUGUCCUCAAGGCGAAGAACGGGAAAUUGACUCAAGAGUUCGCUUUCCUCCACCCAUGCGGCCCCAUUUUCGCUCUUGCCCUGCCAUUGAACCAAAAGUUCACGAACACGAUAUCGUCUUGCCAAAUCCACCUAUCCCCAAAUAUCCAUUUCAGAGAAUAAUUAGGAUAUGUAAAGCCCACAACUUCUUAAAUUGCAGCCUUGAGCUGCGUGACAUGAAAAAUCAGGUACAACUGUGAAUCAUCAGGCAAUUGCAAGCAAUAGGACGUCCCAUAUCCUUAAUAACAAAAUGUUGGCUCAAGUGUUUCUUAGUGCUCGUUUGGUUCAAGUAGAGGAAUGGAAAUGGAAUAGAAUCAAAUAAAGGGGUGGAAUGGUAACAAUAACUAUUACUACUUUUGUUGAGUGUUUGGUUUAACAAUGAAAAUGAAUCACUAGUAAGAGAUUCUCUUUCUUUUGUUUCCCCUCUAUUUGGAGGGGUAACAAAUAGGGUGAUUAGAUGGUUAAGUCAUUACACAAACCAAACAAUAAGUGAUGGAUUCAAUUAAUUGAAUCCCUUUUCAACCUCCAAAAACACCCAACCAAACAUGGGUUCAGUCUCAUCAAUGCCUUGUAUAUCACUGCCAAAUAAAAGAAUGUCAUCAACAUACACAAUGAGGAUGACAAUCCCAUUCAUCGAUGUUUCACAGAUAGAAUGAUCCGAUUCGCAUUGCUUGAAACCAAUAACUCUGAGAAUGCUGUUGAAUAAUCAAACCAAGUUCUGGGGCUUUGUUUGAGCCAUAAAAUGCUUUCUUAAGUUGCCAAACCUUCUUAACACCUCCCCCUUAGCAACAUAGCCUAGAGGUUUCUCCAUAAAAAUAGGUGGAUUUAGAUCACCAUGUAGAAAAGCAAAAAAGAGAGGCAUGUAUUGGAGUGAAAAUAUUUGGUAUAUUCACAAGUAUAGAGACAUAUAUAGAGAGAGUAGUGAACUAGGUUAGAAUCUAAUCCUAAAAUAAUUAGAUGUACAAGGAAACCUUAAUGUACAAAAACUCUACAACCUAUUUCACUUUUGAGAAGUACAGUAUCACUUGGGAAAGGGGCGAUUCCUCUAUGGAAAAAGUUCUUCCAGCAUAUCUGUAUAAUGCAAAAGAUUUGGGGAUUUAGGAAACCUGUGUUAGUGGGAUACCUCAACCGAAUUCGAGCUACUCAAACGACCAUAUAUAAAUAAACUAUUUAAUUAUUAACUAUUUUCUUCUUUAAUACUAUGUGGAUGUGUUGUUAGGUCACAACUCGGUUCACUUAUCUAUGUGAUUUAUUGGGAGUCAAAAACUGCAGUUAUUUCUAAUGUAAUAGCAAAUGAAUGGCUCCUU